AUGGCGAUUUCUGACGACGUUCUCGUCGAACCUUCUGUGCGUUCAGAACCAACCGGUGUUAAUACCGCGCGCAUGCAGUCGCGCAUACAAUUACCAAAAAUAGAAUUACCUUCAUUUGAUGGUUCGAUAUUAGAAUGGCGAUCUUUCCGUGACAUAUACAUAUCUCUCGUACACAAUAAUGAGAGCAUUGAUGACGCGGAACGUUUCCAUUAUUUAAUUUCGCGUUUGUCUGGUUCUGCGCUGUCAGUUAUUAAAUCCGUGCCUCUCACUGCGGCAAAUUAUGCCAUUGCGUGGGGAGCGCUGUCGGAUCGUUUCGACAAUAAACGAUUAUUAGCAUCGGCACAUCUGGACAAACUUUUCGCCUUUAAGCCGAUAGUUCAAGAAUCGUUACCCGCGCUAAUGGAAUUUGUAAACACUUUCAAAGAAAAUGUAUCCAUUAUCAAAUCCAUCGGCGUCGAUGAUCUGGCCGGGUUUUUACUAUUUCAUAUGGGAUCGCGUGUGCUCGAUCCAACCACACUACGCCUAUUCGAGUCUAGUAUAUCUCAAUCGACAAUUCCCGAAUUUGGUGAACUAUUGGACUUUGUUCAACAGCGUUGUAAGAUUUUAGAAAAUCUUAAGCUGAGCAAUAAAAUCGAGAAUAAAGUUGAUCACGUCGAUAAAUGGCGCGAAAAGGCGCCCAGUCGUGGGAAAUCAACCACUUCAACAAAAUCCGUCCUUGCUGUGACUACGUCUUCGCCAAACAAGUCCUCGAUUAAAUUCGUUUCGAGAAACUGUGUGUUUUGUGAUCACGCCGAUCACAACAUAUAUCAAUGCCCGAAAUUUAACGAGUUAUCUGUCGAAAAACGCCGCGAUAUUGUUGUUAAGCAAAAAUUAUGUUUCGCAUGCCUUAAUCCGACACAUAUGGUUAAGGCCUGCUCGUCAAAAGGUGCCUGUCGUUCGUGUAGCAGUAAACAGCAUCAUUCCUUACUACAUCUUACUUCUUACAAAUCAUCGACUACGGAGACCCCGUCAACAUCGGAAAAUGAAAAUUCUACUUCAUUUGUGGGUGCAGCUCGUACUAAUUCUACUGUUGUACUAGGCACCGCCGUCGUUCACAUUAAGGAUGCAUGGGGACAAACUCAUGCAGUUCGUGCCCUUUUAGACAGUGGCUCUCAACUUUCAGCCAUGACAAACAAUUGCUCAGCUCGACUUGGGUUACCCCGAAAUCGUUUCCAGUCCAACAUUGUUGGACUCGGUCAAAGCCCUGUAACUCAAAUUCAAGGUGUCACUAAAUGUCAAUUCACUUCACAUUUUGAUUCAAAAUACGUGUUUCCCACAGUAGAUUUGGUUGUUUUACCACACAUUACGGCGGCCAUGCCGUCCGCACACUUGCCCUCUAACGCUGGCGUUGAACAUUAUGCAGGCAUUCCAUCAGCUCUGGACACCAAAAUUGGUUGGAUAAUCUUUGGAUCCUUUUCUACAUCAAAUACCACGCCGUUAGUCGCUCUUACAACCGCUGUCGAUCAGUCGAUCGAUGAUCAACUGUCACGUUUUUGGGAAAUCGAAGAACCUGCCGCCUCUGUAUCACCCACCACUGAAGAACAAUGGUGUGAAACGUUUUUUAAAAAUUCUACGUCACGUGAUUCGUCAGGCCGAUUUUGCGUCGCCUUUCCGUUUCACGAUUUGUUUACCAAUUCUGUCCAGUUUCAAACUUUGUCACCUCACGGCCUUGGUGAGUCUCGGUCCGUCGCGUUAAAGCGUUUUCACAACCUGGAAAGACGGUUGGCGAAGGACGCGGAGUUGUAUGCCGCUUAUCGGCAGUUUAUGUCCACAUAUUUAAGGUUAGGUCACAUGGUGUUAGCUCCCGAACCCGGCAAAUAUUUUAUACCUCAUCACGCCGUACUCAAGGCUGACGGUGACAUGUCAAAAAUACGAGUGGUUUUCGAUGCCUCGUCUGUUUCUUCGUCUGGUCGUUCCUUAAACGACGUUCUAUGCACUGGUCCCAAACUACAAGUGGACUUACGUGACAUCUUACUACGUAGUCGGUUGCACAGAUUUAUUUUGACCGCCGACAUUGUUAAAAUGUACCGGCAAAUUUUAAUCCGUUCUGAAGAUCGCGUCUUUCAACAUAUAUUUUGGCGCGAUUCACCCAGUGAUAAUCUUCAGGAGUACCAGUUAUGUACCAUUACAUAUGGUCUUAAUUGCGCUCCAUAUCUUGCCAUUCGUUGCUUACACGAACUUGAUGAGCAGGACGGUCAUCUCUUCCCGUUGGCAAAAGGUGUUCUCAAUCGAUCAGCUUAUGUUGACGACAUAGUUGUCGGUGCCGACACGGAGGAGCAACUUCUACGUCGAAAAGAGGCAAUCGUCGGUUUGCUCCACAACGGGGCUUGUGAACUGAGCAAAUGGACCAGCAAUAGUGCUCUCGUCUUAGGGUCCAUCAGUCCUGACCAUCGUGCGAAUUCCGUAUCAUUUGACCCACGGGACGAACAUUCGGUGAAAGUUCUUGGGUUACAUUGGAACACCACUAAUGAUAGUUUUGCCUACCAUACCAGCAUCCCUCAGGCCUCGUCUACCAAACGGCAAGUUCUGUCAAUCAUUGCACGCUUGUUCGACCCCAUCGGCGCUUUGGGCCCGUUGCUAUUGUGGGCAAAGUACUUUAUGCAAUCACUGUGGGGCAAUAAACUCGGGUGGGACGAUCCAAUGCCAGAAGAGUUAUUGUCCACGUGGCGGCAAUUUUGUUUGGAACUGCCAGCUGUCUUUGAAUUAAUUCUUCCUCGUCAUUUUCCGGUGACAUCUCAGCAAGACAUUCAAUUGUUGGGUUUUGCAGAUGCUUCUACUAAAGGUUAUGCAGCGACCAUUUACCUACGAAUUGUCAAUGCAGAUGGAGAUGUGUCUGUCAAAUUGGUCACUUGUAAAACUAAAGUUGCCCCUCUUAGGGCCAUCACUACCAUCGAAGCGUUGUCCACACCGCGUUUGGAGUUAUGUGGUGCGUUACUACUGGCACAGACGCUUCAACACACCCACUACGUCCUUUCGUCUGAAAUAUCCAUAUCUCGCAUCCGAGCGUGGUCAGAUUCAUCUAUUGUGUUGUCGUGGCUGACAUCAGAUCAGAAAUAUUUCAAGAUCUUUAUCACCAAUAGAGUCGCGAAAAUCCAUCGGCUUAUACCUGAUUGUGAAUGGAAUCAUGUAUCGACAAGUGACAAUCCGGCGGAUCCUGCCUCUCGCGGGCUUUUGCCGCGAUCGACCGUGGCAUCAAGAAUCUACUGGAACGGUCCCGACUUCUUACAGCUUCCGGAAGAACAGUGGCCAAAGUCUAAACUCUCUCCAUUAAGUCCGGAUCAGUUGCCCGAAACUAGACCUAAUAUCACCACAAUGUUAACCGUGAAUGUUCAAUCACCAUCGCUGGAAUUGUUCAGUCGUUUUUCUUCACUCAGCAAACUGCAACGAGUUAUGUCAUUUGUUCUCCGAUUUCUGCGUCGUCUCCGUCACCAGUCUGUCAACGUUGGACCAUUGACAUUAGCGGAACGCGAAGCAGCAUUACGUGUCGUCGUACAACGGACUCAACAACACUACUUCUCGGAUUUGUCAAAUAUGUUAAGAACCAAGUCUGCCGUUACACCAUCCUCCUUGGCGCAACUGGCGCCUUACACCGACGUUAACGGAGUCAUACGUGUUGGAGGUCGCCUACGAUUCUCAGACGUCCAUCAGGAGGCGAAGCACCCGAUUCUUCUGCCUCGAUCAUCAUAUCUCACGGACUUGUUGAUCAGACACUAUCACUUAACCUUUCUUCACGGUGGGCCGAAGUUAAUCAUAUCAAUGUUGAGCCAGAAAUUUUGGAUUUUGUCCAGUCGUGCCGCUGUACUCGCACACAUUGGUAAUGAUGAACAAAAUUUCCCCAAAGCAAAUACUAUUGAAGAUAAAGCUAACAUGGCAUUAGUUUUUAUGUUUCAACCAUUGUGUGAUAAUUACACCCAACCAGUGGCUGUUUUUGCUUCAAGAGGACCCGUACACGGAACUGUCCUUGCACAGCUGCUAUUGAAGUUUAUUAUAUUAGUAGAAAAAGCUGGAGCCAAAGUCCAUGGGUUUGUGUGUGAUGGGGCCACUACAAAUAGAAAAUUAUGGUCAGAGCUUGGAAUAAAUGGAAAAAUGAAUGAACUCAAUAAUAGUUUUAUUCAUCCAUUAGAUACAACUAGAAAAUUAAAUGGACAAAACGAUCCGAUUAGAUGGGAUUUCUUUGAGAAAUUGUAUAAUACUGAAAAAGAAAAUAGAGGUCUAGUUAAAGUAUGUCCAUCCAUCACAAAAAGUCAUGUUUAUUUAAAUUCAUUUUUAAAAAUGAAAGUAAAACUUGCCACUCAGAUAUUUAGUGAAUCAGUAGCAACUGCAUUAGAAUAUUAUAAAUUGAAAAAUUAUCCAGAAUUUCAAAAUAGUAGUGAAACAACAAAUUUCUGCCGAAAAAUAAAUUGUUUAUUUGAUUCAUUGAAUAAUCUAAACCCAUACCAUGGUUUGAGUGUUGACAGUGAAGGAUGGAAAAACAUCAAGUCAAGCAUAAACUGGCUUGAUGAUUGGGAGAUGGCACUGAAAGAAGGAGAGAUAACCGAAGAAGAAUUUCUGCCACCCAAUACAUCACAGGGCCUUAGAAUAACUAUGAGUUCUAUGCUUGACAUGUCGUUAUAUCUGAUAGAUAAAUUUGAUUUUAAAUAUAUUCUAAGUGGCCGUAUUAACCAAGAUAAUCUUGAGAUAUUUUUUGGCACUAUUCGAGCAGCAGGUGGACAAAAUGACCACCCAGCAAUGCCAAAUUUCCAGCAUAUUUAUAAAAUGUUGUCAGUUUAUAGCAUUUUGAAACCACCAAAAUCAGGAAACUGUACUGUUAUUGAACAUAAUAAAAAUCUCAUUAAGUUGGAAGAGUUAAAAAAUAUAUUUGAUAAGCCAAAGGCAACAGCAAUUGAUCUUAUAAAAGAAAAACUCAAUGAAAGCUUGCUAAACAUAGAUGACAUUCAUGAGAUAGAAGUUUUUGAUAUCAUGUCAGAAUCAUUAAGCCCAUUUAACUCUACAGAUGUUGUUGACUGUAUUAUUUAUUAUAUUGCUGGAUACUUUACAAAACAAGUUAGUACUUCUCAUUUUAUUUAA